AUGGGCAACAUAUGCCAAUGUUGUGGAGCCAGGGAGAAAGAUCCAUCCUGGCUGCCGGACUACGCGUCGGGCGGCAACGGUCAGUAUGGGUACUCGCUCGCGAAGAAUGACCGGCAGCGUAUGGAAGAUGCCGUGCUAAUCCAUGACAACGUUGGAGGAAAUGCCUGCUUCGCGGUCUUCGACGGUCACGGAGGCGAGAAGGCCACCCUUCUGGCCAAACAGUACCUUCCAGAACAGCUCGAGUGUUGCCUCCAAGAAAACGACAACAAGGAGGAAGCUGCCAAACAAGCAUUCACGGCUGUGGACGAGCUAAUCCAGAACGAACUGGCUGAGGAAGCCAAGCAGUUUGCAUCCGGCACAUCGUCCGGAACGGUGGCCUGUGUUGCUCUUCUGAAAGCAGAAGAGCUGGUCCUGUUGACGAGCAUUUGGGUACCCCGGCUCUUCAAGUCAGCUGGCACGAUGGCCUUCCCUCCGUAG